AUGUCUUUUUUACUUUUUAAAACCCUCUCUUCUUUAAAUAUCACUGUUCAUGAUUUCUCGCAAGUCUCCUGCGGUGAUUUCUCGUACAAAGGUAUGAAGAUGACAUUUAUUCACCUUCUUCUCCAUUUCCUCCACCCUUUUUCUAGCCCUGCUCACUUUCUUUCUUUCUUUCUUUCUUUCUUUCUUUCUUUCUUUCUUUCUUUCUUUCUUUCUUUCUACAAUUUAUUUUUCUCUCCAUUUUUUCCACCUUCCCUCUUUUCUUCCUUUUCUUUUUUAUUCAAUUUCUUUCUCUCUCUACAUUUUUCCUCCUCCUCUCUUUUCUUUUCUCUUCCCUUUUUUCUCACCUCGUCCUCCUUUCUUAUUCUUUUUUUUUACCGCCUUUUCACUUUUCCCACCCUUUCUAUUUUCUCCUCUUACCCUUUUUUUGUCACUCCUUUUUCUUUUACUGCAAUUCUUUCUCUCUCAAUUUUAUUCUUUUUCUUUUUUUACUUAUACCCGAUUUCCUUCUUUUUCACCGUCUCUGUUUCUCGUUCUCACUUCUCUUUCUUUUCAUUGACUUCUUUCUUUCUUUCUUUCUUUCUUUCUUUCUUUCUUUCUUUCUUUCUUUCUCGCCGCUUACUGCGCCCUUUCAUUCGAACGCUUUGA